AUGCAAGGGCUGACAAUCAGGCGGGACCCGAUACUGGCCUGGUGUGAGCGUGUGCAAGAGCUGGCUCCAACCAACGUUGCGCUGUACCCACGAUAUGAGCCAACUUCGCAAGCCCGCAAUAUAGGAGACCUCGUCAAGAGCUUCUCCAACGCCAGGGUCGAAGAUAAGCCUGUGCCCGAUGACGAGGAGAUAGAAGUUUCCGGAAGGAUAACGUCUAUCCGUUUAAGCGGCUCAAAACUGGUCUUCUUCGACAUUGUCGAAGAUCAAGUCAAGCUUCAAGUUUCGGUCUCAUACGCGGUUUUAGAGGCUUUUGGUAUAUCUUUAGACGACUUCAAACGGCAGUGUCGUCUGGUCCGACGCGGAGACUACAUCUCAAUCAAAAGUGGACCGCCAUUCCGCAGCAAGUCGGGCCAGAUCACUGUCAAAGCAUCCAGCUUACCGACUCUGCUCACGCCAUGUCUACAGCGCUUUCCAGUCGAGCAACCAGGUUUCGCGACGACCGAACUCUCCGAGACAAACUACGUCCCGCGAAAUGUCGAAAUGCUCACAGAUCCUGAAGUCGUUGCGACUCUCAAAGCUCGUUCAGUUCUCAUCCGCACCUUGCGCAACUUCUUCGAGCAGCUCAACUUCAUCGAAGUCACCACUCCCAUCCUAUCGGCAGCGGCAGGAGGCGCAACGGCAAAGCCCUUCGAGACGACAUCCAUGGAGUUUUCUGACCGAAAACUGAGCCUGCGCAUUGCCCCCGAGUUAUGGCUGAAGCGUCUGAUCAUUGGCGGCAUGGACAGAAUCUUCGAGAUUGGACCGAGCUUCAGGAACGAAGGUCUCGACAGAACACACAAUCCGGAAUUCUACACCUGCGAGUUCUAUGCGGUUCGCCAUGACCUGCCACAGCUCAUGACCUAUACUGAGGCAUUGCUAGCCUCUAUAGCCACGGCGAUGGAAACAGUAUCCGGUCACUACGACUUGGAUAAGCCACGGCUCCUUCUCAAAGACGUUCAACAAUCGUUCCAGCAAUACGAUUUCAUCCUGUCUCUCAACGCCGCUCUAGGCGUUGAUUUGCCUAAUCUGUCAUCACCGCAAGCACAAGGCGACCUCCUUGAGAUUCUGAAGUCGAAAGACAUCCCUAUCCCGUGCAAUCCCACUGUCCCCCGGCUCCUUGACAAGCUAGGGGCUAUCUACAUAGAGCCCGAGUCGGAGGCGCAACCUAUCUGGAUCACCAACAUUCCCGAAUGCCUUUCGCCACUCGCCAAAUCCUACAUUCACCCGACCGCUCCGAACAGUCAGCCUGUUGCAGCGAGGGCAGAAUUGUUCAUUCAAGGCAAAGAGGUGGUCAACUGCUACGAGGAGGAGAACAGCCCCUCUGAACAGCGCAGGAAAUUUGUGGAUCAGCAACGCCUUGCACGACAGAACAACCUAGUAGAUGAAGAAGCCAUGAAAGUCGACGAGGACUAUCUCGAGGCACUGGAAUGGGGUCUCCCGCCUACGGGUGGCUGGGGUUGUGGAAUUGAUAGACUUGUCAUGUUGUUCACCGGCAUGGAGAGGAUUGGCGACGUCUUGAGCUUUGGCAGUCUGAGAGCAGUCACAAGAGGAGCGGAGAAAAGAAGAUCAUGA